CAUUACAUGAGGAAUAUCACAGAUAUAUUUCAGUAUUUUAACAGAGAGUUCAUCAUACCCAGUUGCUUUUUUGCAAGUAUAUGAUUUUAUCUGUUUGAUGACGAAAUCUAUCGAGAUAUUUGAGAAGUAAAGUAAAUCACCGUUUGUUUGUUUACGGUUGUAGCCAAGGAGCUUCUCAACUGGUUGUAGCCCCAUGCACUUUCCUCACUACCCUUUUUUUUUAUCAAGGCUAUGUGCACGAUCUAUUCUUAUUAGCAGUGUUUGCUUUGCUCCGCCCCCAACACAUUCAACUCAUCCGUGCUGUGCCGCGUGAAAUGGCUUGUUCAAUCGAAUGAGAAACCCCUGUAUGCACUCCGAAGAACUAGACAAGCCUCUCUGAACACGGUGUAGAAGCCUACGUCGAUCUCGGUCGCGAUGGGUCGCUCAGUGGCCUCGGCGACGCUCCGUUGUUUGAUGAGCUCGGAAUGGAAGGGGCUUGCGACCAAGGGAGAAAGGGAUGCGAUGGCGGUGACGAUGCUCUCAAUGAGACGCUACUCGAGUUUUGAGAGAUUUGCUUCGAAGUCAAAGUGGACACAAGGACAAACGCUGUCACGAUGGCCACUCGCCUCAGCCUCGCUAGACAGUAGCUCGUUACAGGUUUUUUCAGUUGGGAAUGUGAAGAAAACGAGUGUACAUGAACUUCAUCGACUCUUAAUGGCUCACAAAUUUGACUAUGUCCGCUUUGAGCAGAGCGACAUGCAUGGACUGGCAAAAUGCAAACUGGUGCCAAUAAACCACUUCCGGAGCAAGAUGAACAAAGGUAUCAACUUUUCGUUAAGUCACAUGAUUAAAGAUCCCAACGGAACAAAAGUUUGCGGGACAGGUCUAUGGUAUGAGAAAGGGAUGGGAGAUGGGAUAGGAGUGCCCGAUCUAUCGUCAUUUAGGGUGUUACCUGGUGUGACAGUGCUGCCAGAGUCAUCGUUGAUCUCACUGAGGAUGGUGUUCCUCUGAACGCGCAUCCCCGGAACAUCGCUCGCCGACAGAUUGAAGAGUUGGACUCCAUGGCGCUGUCCAUCUUGGCAGCUCAUGAAUUUGAAUUUGUCGUGGAGGACGAGAAGGAUCGUAUGCCUAUCUUCGACGGCAUGAACUGCGGAUACUUGAUGAAUAUCUCUCGCGCAGAGUUGCUCGUUCAACAGUUCGCACGAGACUUGCCUCAGAUGGGGCUAAACGUAGAGACCCUGGAGAGUGAAGCAGGAGCAGGGCAAUUGGAGAUCACCUACCGACCCACCACUGGUCUCACCAUCGGGGAUAACGGAUAUACCUUGAAAACAUCCAUCAAAGAGAUCUGCCAGAGACAAGGUUACGUCGCGUCUUUCCGCUCUAAACAUUCCAAAGAUUGUACAUCGUCAUCCCACUUUUGCCACUCCCUGUGGGACAGCAGCAACACGACGUCUCUCCUCUACGAUCCGCAGCAUCCGCAGAGGCUGUCAACACUUGGACAGCAUUGGUUGGCAGGGCUUAUCCGCCAUGCUCCUGCCUUGACGCUUCUGAUGUGCCCUACCAUCAACUGCAUCCACCGUCUCGGCACCACCGUAGUAACACCUACAACGGCAUCAUGGGGUGUGGACAACCGCUCUUGUGCCUUCCGACUGAGUCAGCCGCCGAAAGACAACAACCCGGACUCGUUUUUCAUAGAGAAUCGGAUGGGUGGGGCAGGGAGUAACCCUUACCUCACAAUGGCGGCUACCAUAGCUGCUGGUAUCGACGGCAUCCGGAACCAGAUCCCUCUCCCAGCACCAGUCCAAGGCAUGGCGUCCACCACGGCACCAUGCCCCCAUGACACCAACCAGAACCUUCCAAGGACCAUGCAGGAAUGCUUGGAUGCCUUCCAAGCUGAUGACGUCAUACUUGACGCCAUGGGACCAGAGUUUGUUCAGUGUUUCACGGCCCUAAAGGAGGAGGAGAUGAGAUUACAUCAGAAAGCUGCAGAAAAUGGUGAUCAUUCGUGGCAUUACUCAUUUGUGGAGCAUGUCUAACUAUAGAUCCAGAUGUAUUUUCAACUUUAAUUGUUGUAAUUGAUAAAACAAUCCAGUGUCCACAAUUAGUCUGAGUACAGAUUUAACAUUAUGCUCCGUGUCAAAACUAAAUGUAUUUUGACUGUUUCAUGUGAAACACCUUCUAAGUAAUAACCCACCAAACUGUAUGAAUAAAGAAUUAUACUCGGUCACGGUAUUCAACAUGGCAUUAGUCAUUUGUUGAACACAAUAUUCCACAAAAGAUCGACAAGACCAGCCGUUAUAAGCAUAAUUAUUCUAACAGGGUUUCAGCAUUUGUUCCUUGUCAUACCUGUCAAACCUACAUGGAAUAACUGCUUCUUAUAAAGUGCCUUCUCAGUACUAACACACCAAACACUAUGAAUAAAGUAUUAUCCUCGGUCAUUGUAUUCAACAACGAUUCUGUACUCUACAUUGCACAUUCUUCACUAUGUAAUUAUUAUUUUAUGUUGUAUGAAGUAUUAUAAUUCUCGUCAUCCUUUCAACAAUUUGUAUUCAAAAGGAUAACAACUAUUUCCGAAAAAUCCCCCUAAGGCCUGUUGAAAUGUGUGAACGUGACAAUGUCGUAUUAAGAAUCCGAAUAAGAUUUCUGUUAUGUUUAUGGUUUACCCAAUAGGGGGUUCAAAUUGCCCUUGAGUUGAAUUUUUUAAGAAAAUAGUUAUGUUAUUUCAUGUUAUAUCU